CAAAUAAGACUUGGGUGUGGAGGGGGAGAGGGGGACUAACGGAAUGGAGGCCUAACCACCGUUAAGCUCCUCCACUCGUGUAUAGAAUUCACAUUUUGCGAGGAACUUUUGAGGCGCUAGGCUGUGAGGAGCAGAUCCGGGCUCGACGCGGUUGGCGCGUAGUCCCUGCAUUUUAAGUGGGGGAAGGGCGGUAAAACGUUGAACUUUGUACAACGGGGGAAACAACCGUUCUGUUUUUUCUUCUUCUCAGGUCACGGCACGUAAGCGCGUAAGCGAGAUGUUUUUGUCUCUCCGGUUUACGUCCCAUCAUUUUCUUUGUGAUAAUUCCAUAAUUCUCAGUCGGACCUUGUUUUCCUUGCGAAGAAAUUGCUCCUUUACAUCGCCAUUGAAGGUAAACCCUAAAGCUGUUUCUUUCUUUAACAAAUCAAUCGAUGGAGUCCAACAAGCUGGGCCGAAUUCUAAUAAUCUAUCAGUGAACUCUGUUGAUAACACGUUCCCUUUUCCAGAUGGUUCAGGAUUGGAGGAUGCUUUGAUUGGUUACAUAUCGGGCAAGAAGAAGGCCACUGAAGUUGCUCACUCGAUAUGGAAACAUUUUGUUCAAAAAGGGGACACAGUAGUGGAUGCUACCUGUGGCAAUGGUUAUGAUACCUUGGCAAUGCUUAAGUUAGUUGCUGAUGAUUCAGGAAAUGGCUGUGUUUAUGGAAUGGACAUUCAGACUGUUGCUCUAGAGAAUACUUCCUUGCUUUUGGAUAGAUUAGUCCAUCCAAAUGAGAGAAUGCUUAUUAAGCUAUUUCCUGUCUGUCACAGUAGAAUGGAGGAUGUUAUUCCGAAAGAUACCUUUGUCAGGCUUGUUGCAUUCAACUUGGGAUACCUUCCUGGAGGUGAUAAGUCGAUACUUACAGUGUCAGAAACAACCCUACCAGCAUUGCAGGCUGCAAGUCGAAUUCUGGGACCGGGGGGACUUAUUAGCCUAGUGGUUUAUGUUGGGCACCCUGGUGGAAGCUUCUGAGGGUUAUCUGAAUCAGAAUGGGAAGUACCUCUAGAAAUCAUGCUGCCAGCCUGCCACCCCUCCACAUGUGUGCAGUUCAUCUAGUCUCCUUUCGGCUUUUGGCUGUAGGUAAAAUGAAAGAGAAUGAAUUCCUGGAAGUUGCUAUUUUACAGUGUCUGGUUUCAUCUAAAAUGGCCAUGGAUAACAGAACUUUUCCAACAAGUGAGUAGGUGUAGAAACUAGGACCAUGGUGCGGUGGUCCUAUUGUUUUCCAAGUUAAAUCAAACAUCAGGAAAGUUGAUAAAAUAAUUCGCUUUGCCACUGAAUAUCAUUUUGAAGGAAACCAUUUGUUUUCCUCUGUAUUACAUGUGGCCAAAUGCAGCCUAAGUUGAAUAUGGAUGUGGUUAGAAGGGUCUGUUAUAAUCAUUAGUUCAACUGUUCUUUUCAUUGCUAGCCGAAGACAGAUCCUGUCAGAGGGUCCUUUAAUCUCUACAACCUUUGCAGUCAGGUGGAACAAGGUUGAACCAACUCUUGACUUCGUAUCUAGUCAUCAAUUGGGUCACUUUUGACUUCAUAGUUAGGUGUAUCUACGGUUGUGGCUUGCUGAAGUAAUCAAAUAACACAAAUCUUGUAGUUAAUUGUAUUAUCCAUUGGGUUCUAUUUGCAAAUUUUUCCUUUCAUAAACCAUUAAGGCUCAGUUCGGGAAGUUUUAACUACGUUGUGCUGGAUUAUCAACCGAGAAUUGGAU